GAUAAGAGUAGUUUUGAAUGUCGCCACUCAGCUCCGAGCAAGAACGACAUGCUAUGUACGCGAUCACGCGUUUACUCUCUAGCCAGACGGCGCCAGGCUGUUCAAGAGGUUAAAAACGUUUCGUAAAUACUGCAGUUGUAACAUUAUGUCUAUGUUAUAAGUUGUUAACACUUACCAAAGAACUUUUUAAUUCCAAUUACAAUAAAAUAAAAUAUUAUUUUUUAUUGAUUAAUUUAUAUUUUGAUACUGUAACUAAAUUCUAACAAUUAAGAGAAACUACUUAACUAUGAGUAGUGAAAAAAUUAAUAUCAUUGCCAAAUAUAUUUGUGAAUGUUAUGAGAAAGUUUUAUAAUUUUAUGCAAUACCAGUUAAAAGAAAUGAAAUAUUUAGUUUUACACUAUUUUUAAUCGGUAAAAACAUCGUAGACAACAUUUUAUAUCAUGAAUAAAUUACAUAUUUCUAUACUUAUAUUUUUACAUAAUGACAUAGCCACAACUAUUGACUUUGCAAUGAUGCAUCAGCCGUAUCUGUGUGGUCAACAGUAUAAUAAUAAUGUUUACAUAACGUACGCCGUGUGUAACCGCAGCGCGAGGUUUGUGCCGUGUCGCCAUUCCCUGCCCGUCGUCUUCUCCCGAGCGGCCGUACGCAGGCGCUCCCCGCGUGGCCCGCGGCAACUACUUGCAGCCGGCCUGCAGCGGACAGCUGGCUCCCUCCGUGAAACACGAAGCAAAGUUUCGCGCGCUUUGAGCCUGUUCAAUGCAGUUAUUUUGUAAGCGUUUGUGAGUUGUGAGAGAAGCGUGUUUUCUGGCAGAGCAGAGAUUGUUUGUCUGUAAAGCAUGCCGAAGAGCCGAAUACCACCGAGCCGGAGAUACAAAAGAAGUAUUAAAUCUAAGAUCAAGCGAAGGUUUUGGAGGGAAAAAAAAGCACAACUUUACGAAACGGAGAAAUAUUCGACACAGGCAAGGUAAGUAAGCUGUGGAUUUAAGUGUACAUUUCAGCUACAAUAUUCCUCGCAAUAAUUUUGGUAGUGGCAUUAAAUAGAAACUUAGGUAUACUUAUGUACGCGCGUUAGAAGUUGUACAUUCUUGGCAUAGUAAAAACUUUAAUUACGCAUGAAAAUGAUUAAUAGAAAUAAAAUAAUACAUACGAUUGGUGAAGUGUAAAGCCGGAGUUACAAUAGCCCGUCGCCUCCAUCCGUCAUCCGUCCGUCAGUCACGUGAUCUUCGGCCAAUCAGAGAGUCCGAAAAAUUUCAUCCGUCCGUCCGUCCGUCGAAAGUUUAUCAAACUCAUACUUUCGACGGACGGACGGAUAGAUUAUGUCUGUGGUUUCAACUGUAAUAGUCAAUUGUCACUAGAUUAAAGGCCUAUGGUAUUUGUAUUGUCUCUUUCGGAUGUUUUUAUUAUGAAAUUUGCGUUUCUUAAAACUCAUUUCCAAUCAAUUUAAUUAUGACUCUAAAGUUUUCCAGGGAUAUACUAAUACAACAUGUGCAAAAACACAAUGUAAAUAUUAAAUAACAUCGAUAUAAUAUUCUGAGAGAUAUACACUGAUGGUAGUACUUACUUGGGAAAAUACUUUGACGGACGGAUUAAAUCGCGUUGUAAAUCGUUUGCGAGCUGCGUGGUUUUGACGGAUUUAAAAGUGACGGACGGAUGGCGGACGGAGGCGACGGACUAUUGUAACUCCGGCUUAAGUUCAAUCAAAUAAAUAUGUAUUCAAUAUUAAGUAUUUAGCAAGGCCGUCUUAAACUAUGCUGGGGCCCUUGGGCACACCAGAAUUUGAGGCCCUUUUGGAAAGUAAAGAUAGCGAAUUAUACCAACUUUUUUUUUAUUAUGAUCUUAUAUUUAUUACGGGCAAUCAAAUUAACAAUAUAACAUCUAUUUUAGGCCUCGUUUAGACUGUGUAGCUUGACUUUGGAAUUGGAGUGGUUUACAUUUUUGAUCGCAAGAUGGCAUUUUUAGUAAAUUAGGAUCCGUUCUGAAAUAUUAUUAAUUAGUGCAACCCGCAAACAAGCAUUUUUACGGCGGCGCUGUUAGGUACUGUGCUCUACAAAAAUGUUUUGAGAAUAAAUGUGAGAGCAAUUGUUGGUCCUUCGGGGCCCCAUAAGGAUGGGUGGCCCUGGGCACGGGCCCCGUGUGCCCUUAUGGUAAAGUCGGUAUUGGUAUUUAGUAUUUAUAAUUCAGAAAUCAAUAUUGAUAUAAACUCGUGUAUAAAUUAAAUAUUUUAAUUUAGUAAAAUAAUCGAGAUUAAUUGUAAUUAAUAAUGAAAAGAUAUAACUUAUACAAAUAAAUCGGUAAUACAGAAUCACCACCUCACCUUUUAUAAAAACAGUUGAAAAAGUUUAUAAAUACAAUUUCUAACACUAAUAUUCACAAUAAAUAAAUAGUUUUAAUAACAUGAACCAGUAUUUGUAUGUAGCCUUUUUUCAUCCCAUCAAUAUUUGUUGCUGGUGCGCACAUAUUGUAAAAAUUCAUUCCUACAUUUUUCCGUAACGCGGCUAAAGAAGUAUAACUCCAAAAAAAAUGUUUUUUGUACAUAGCUGCUACUUGUGUCCGGUUGAAACAUUGAAAAACAACGACAUUUAUAUCACGAAAGCUGGUUAAUUGGGAAUUACAUUAAAUUUCAAGCACAUUACUUUCUCCCAACCAUCAGUACUACAGUAGGUAGGUAUAUUGUAGCGACCCGAGAGGCGAAAUUCUGCAUUGGUAAAUAAAAAUAAAUUAAAUAAAUAGUACUCAUUAUUUAACAUUUAAUUCCAUAAGAUAAUCUAGAUAAAUUUUAUUUAUAAAAAAAAUUAAUACGCAUAAUAUUUGUAAUAAUAAUCUAAUGUUUAAAGGGUGUGAAUGGUUUUCGCUACCAGUACCUACUAAAUUAAAAUACUUAACCGAGUUGCUAGAAAGUUUAGACGAAAUCUGGAUUUAACUUACACGUGUAGGUAUUUACAAACGAUACAAAAUAUUUAUACUGGUAAAUGUUAAGAAUUAUAAAUUGAGAUAAAAGUUUACAAAAGUUAUCACUGAAGCGAAAUUUAAAAAAAAUAUGCUACAGUUAACCACUACUUAGAAAAAUAUAAUCAGGAAAUAUGCUGAACUGUCACUUCUACGACUUUAGAUUACAAAUUCAUAACUUUUAAAUUAAAGUAUUUUUAUAUUAAUUGUAAUUUUAAUACAGAAGUGAUGUUUUGGUAACAAUGUCAGGUUACAACACAGACGUCUGAAAGUAUUAUUAAAACGUUAAAUUUAUAUCUAUUAUUUGCAGAACAAAUUCAAGUUUAUAAGUGAUUAUCAGGUUAUAUCUCUUGCAUGGACUUUGAAAUUGCCAUAGUAACCAAUUUAAAAAGAGUAAUGGAUGUGUAAAUUCUGCAUACAUAAAAAAUUCAUAGCACGACACGUGGUUGUUUACCUGCGAAAAUAUAUUUUUUGCGCGUGCCAAGAGCUGUGUGAUGGUUGGUUUCCUGUCGUUAGACCGAAUGAUAUGUCCACCAGGUUCAAACAAUGUUGCAGCGGAGGACAUAGUUGCCAGCUGCUCCAGACUAACCGACCACACCACUACGUUCUUACUCAUAUACAUAGUUCAGGGGAAUGCAAACGCAAACGACCGAUCAAUUUUGUCGGCUAUAGUUUCGGUGCGGUGAAUUCAAAAGUAGAAAACAUCACCUUAUUAAUAUUUACAUUUACUUAUGAUUACGUAUUUUCAAAAUAAAAUUUUCAGUUUAAAAUUCACAAUAUUCUUUUAACUGCGAUAAUCCUUUUUUUCGAGUUUUCAAUUGGUAUUUAUUACUAAAAUUAUUGAUAUAUUAAUUGAUAGCAUGCCAAGAAAAAAGGAUACAGAAAGAAACUCGUGAAAACUAGGCUGGACAAAUAAUGUGAAUAAUCAUAAGAAACGUUUACGGUGAAUGUGUAUAAAUUUGUGACCAGCCGCGAUGUCUUAGGUUCAGGAGUACUUAGUAUUACUUAGCUCCUGAUUGUGGUCUAAAUAUGAAUUCGAACAAGGAUGUGUUUUCACAAAAACCUUUCAUUCGGAGAAUUUAUUAUCAUUGUAGGACUUAGAUCUCAAUGAACCUAAAUUUCCUGCAAUGUAAUUACUACACCUCGACAGAAACGGUGGUUAUAAAAAGUAAAAUAUUUAUAUUACAUUUACCUUUUGAUGAGUGCUUAGUUAUUAUGUUUACAAAAUUUUCAGAUCAGGUGAAGAAAUAUCCAGCUCAGAAAAAAGAUCACUUUCAAUAGCUGAUCACGAGAAACCCAAGGAUUCCUGUGAUGACUUCAAUUAUUUGGACAAUAAUUACGAGGAAAGUGAAAGUGACUUCCCCGAAAUUGUGGUCGAACAUGACAAUAAUCACAUGCCUCUAGAAGAAAGACUGCUGGGAAAUAGAUGUGUAUAUAUUUGCCACUUGAUGAAAGAAAUGGCAGUAAUAGAGGAGCAUAAAAAAACCUGUACUUUGGGAAAAUUCAUUUUGAAGUCUGAAAUUCGCUGUGGACUCUUUUCUACAUGGAAAUUCCAAUGCGAAACUUGUAAUGAAAUAAAAAAGAUUACCUCACAUGAACCAAAAUAUUUUGAUGACAUCAACGAUAGUGUAGUAUGGGGUGCUCUGUCAAUAGGAAUCGGACACAGCCAAGUAGAAGAAUUGCUCUCUAUAAUGGAUAUUCCUUCACUUUCAGGAGAAAAAUUUAGAAAACACGAAUCUUCAAUUGAACAGGUAAAACCAAAAUCUUCGUACAUUUUAUAAUAUAUUAUUCUACUAGAUAGUAAAGUUAUAGUUAUUAGCCGAGUUUCUUAUUUACAUCACUAUAUACGAUUAUUCAAAAUACGUGUUACAAUGCAAGAAGUUUGGUAUGAUACGGCCAAUCUAAUAACAGUUACUAGUAAACAUGGAAUCAGAAACGAGUAGUUACUUUUAUACAGGACGUCAAAGUAUGUUGGUUGGGCAAUAAAAGUGAUAAGUGAUAUGCGCUGACCUUGCAAUCAAUGUCAUCUAAUAGUUGGUCAUAAAGUUAAAGGUUAAAGAAACUGUUAGAAAUGGUAUCCAGCUAUACGGAUGCACGGUCGAUAACGACGGAGCAUGUUGUUUUCAGCCGUCGUUAGACGGGGCGGGAUAUCACCAUGGCGCCACAUUCCCCUGACCUCAUCAAGAUAGACUUUUCUCUGGGGCUACAUGAACUCACUAGUGUACGAGACUCCCGUGGAUUCUGUGAUGAACCUCAUCACUCGCAUUGAUUCUGCAGAUGCUGACGUUUAGGCUGCCCAAGACGUCAUAACAAUGGCUGAAGACAGCAUGCUCUGUCUUUGUUAAUCGUGCAUCCGUGAAGGUGGCUGCUAUUUUAUACAUUUAUUUUUAAUUUAGUGAGUAACUUCUGGAUGGCAUAAAUUGCAAGGUCAACGCAUAUCACGUUGAUUGUUGGUAGUAUUCCAACAUACCAACAAACUUUGACAUCAUGUAGCAAAGUAACGACUCGUUUACAAACCCAUGUUUUCUAACAACUGUUGUUCCACUGCCUGUGUACUACCAGCUCUACUGCAUUGUAACACAAAUUUUUAAGCAGCUUACAUACUUUACAUUGGUUUAUAAACACUGAACUAAAUAACUGAAGGCUAUGUAAGUCGUACAGUGAAAACUUAUGUCAUAACAGUUAAGUUAAAAGACUCCAAAAAUUAUACAAAUCGUUAUUUUCAGGCCUGGGAAACAUAUUUGACAGAAAAGAUUCAAAAAUCUGGCGAAGAAGAGAAGAAAAUAGCAGAAGGCAAUGAACAUUUUUGUAAUGGAAUUCCAUACAUAACAGUUGUAGGUGAUGGUGGUUGGGGAAAACGCACUUACGGACAUGGAUAUAAUUCAUCUACAGGAGUAGUGAGUAUGCAGUGACUACUGAAAGUAAUAUACAUACAGUAAUUCACAUACUGUGAAUAUUUUUUUCUUUAGGAUUGUUUAUUACUUUUCAUAAUAGUGAAUACCUAUACUAAUAAUCAACUGGAGAAAAACCUGCGUCCAAUGACAUAAUGCUAGAAAACUUCACAAUAUCAUCUACUGUCUCCUUUUAAUUUUUUUCUUUGGCUGCUGAUUUUGUGAAAAGCUGUUAAUUUUGUUUAUCUCAUAUGACAGAUAAAUCAUAAAUCAACUCUGUUAUUUUAAAAUAUCCGAUGCUGGUUGAAUUUCUUCAAUGGUCACUUAUACCUAUAUUGUAGAAAAAAAUCACUCUUUACAGUCUAGCCUAUCGCUAAGAAAAUAUCUCAUCUUGCCUGCAUGUGUAGAUAGUUAAUGCAGCAAACUAAACAUUAAGCUCUGUUAAUAUUUUAUACAUAAUUUUAAAGCUACAUAUACUUGCAUAUUUGUAAUUCAUGUUAAUUGGUUGUGUACAUGUAUUCACUCAAUCGCCUAUAAGUUGUUACAAGUUACUUUUCUGAUUUACAGGCUGUUAUAAUUGGACAAGAAACCCAAAAAAUUAUUUUUCUUGGAGUCAAAAACAAAUACUGUAGCAUUUGUUCCUUGGCAAAAUCAAAACACAAAGAUGUAUCAAAACACGUGUGCUACAAAAACCAUACAGGUUCUUCAACUAAAAUGGAGAGAGAUAUUAUCUGCGAAGGAUUCAAUCGCAGCAUUGAAAUGCAUGGACUCAUGUAUAAGCAUUAUACUGGAGAUGGGGAUUCUGCAGUUAUUGCAGCAAUUCAACAAACAUGUAGCUACGGACGACUAGUUACAAAAGUAGAGUGUGCUAACCAUGCUACUAGGGCAUUUUGUGAGAAAAUGCAUAAGUUAGCAACAAACACAUCAUACCCAUUAGAAGGUAGAAAACUUCUUUUGGAGACUACUGUUGAUAGUAAAAUAUCAAGACUAGAACGACUAGUCAAAGGAGUUAGAACGGCAAUAAAAGAAUCUGCUAAACUUGAUGGCAUUUGUGCAGUUGAAACACUUAGAGCAGAUUUGCGAAAUGCUCCAGAACACGUGUUUGGGUGCCAUGAAAAUUGUAGGUCAACAUUCUGCAAAAGAAAAUCAACUGGAGAAACAAAUCUUCUUCCUGACCUGGAAAAAGCUGGACUCCUCCAACCUCUCCGAAUUUUAAUAGCUAAUUUGGAAAAGAAAGCUGACAAACUCGUUAGUAACAGCACCACGAACUCCGCAGAACGGUGAGUACCAUUUAAUAUUUUCAUAGCUUAUGUAUGUUAAAUAGUUUAUAAGCUUAUAUUUACAAUGUUAAAUAUUAUCCUAUAUGUGGGCAAUGUUUGUUACAGGUAUAUGUCUCUAAAUGCUAAGUUUACUGGAGGUAAACGCAUUGAUUUUGGUAAACGAGGAAGCUACUACAGACGUUGUUAUGGAGCAGCUAUCGCACACACAAAUGGCCCGGGCUGGCAUUCUAGUCCCUGGAAGAAAAUGCACGGCCGCAGUCCCGGUUCAGUGUGUAAACAACUAUGCCACAAACGUGAAGAGAAGUCUUCGAAACGAAAACUUUACUAUCAGGAGAAAGGUGCGCCCAAAAAAAAAAGGAAACGAGGAGGAGGCCCCGAUGAACACUAUGGAGAUGAAGAUUUAAUACCAGAACCUGACAUUCCAGAACAAGAUUUGGCAUACCGCUGCGACCAAGUUUUACGUAAGCUUAAAGAAGAAGCUGACACCAAAGAAAAAAUAGAUUCCAUAGAGAUCGCAACACGUGGUCAGCAUGAUAGUGAAAAAUGGCACGAGUAUCGCCUCAAUCGUCUUACUGCAUCAAAUUUUGGAACAGUUAUCAACAGACGCGAUAACACAUCCUGUCACAAUUUCGUCCGAAAUUUGUUAUUUCCUAGGGAAUUUAAUUCUUUAUCAGUAAUGUAUGGGAGGGUACACGAACCCGAAGCAUUGUUAAAAUACAGUGUUGCAAAAGGAGUGACUGUAAACCCAUGUGGUCUCUUUAUUUGUGGUGAUCAACCUUUCCUCGCUGCAACUCCUGAUGGUCUGGUGGAUGAAGAUGUGAUAGUAGAAGUUAAGUGUCUACCCUCUGUAAAAGACAGAAAGUUAGUGGAUGCAGUACAAGACAAAAAAUCGUCAGUUUGUUUGGAAUUAAAAAAUCAUCAGCUACGAUUAAAAAGAAAUCACAAAUACUACUAUCAAGUUCAAGGGCAGCUGAACAUUUCAGGGAGAAGAUAUUGUGACUUCGUAGUAUUAACCGAAAACGAUUUCUUCGUUGAAAGAAUAGAAAAAGAUGAGAACCUAUGGAUGAAUGUGAUGAUGCCAAAACUCCAGAAAUUUUAUAUUAACUGUGUAUUGCCAGAAAUUGUAGAUAGCAGAAUCAAGAGAAAAAUGAGUAUUCGAGACCCACUCUAUAUUAUUCAAGCACAGGAAGAAAUGAAAAAGAAAGCGAAAUCUAAGAAAUAAGGCGCCAAAGUGUUUUCACAUCAAAUUUGUGCAUAUGUAUAAUAUAAUAUUAAGUAAAUGGCGUAUUGUUUGAGUAAAUUUUCCAAUAACUUAUUUCCUAAAUCUUAACAACUGACAAAAAUUGGCACCGCAAGACUUCGUUAUUUUAAAUCUUCAUAACGGUGCAGUGUUAAUUAUUUUGUGUUCAUAUUUGUAAAUACUCUUCACAAAAAGAGUUAUGUUAUGUUAGUUUUUGAGCUGCACUACUCUUAAAAAUAUUAUUGUUACAUUUUUUACAACACAUCUUGAAAUAAUAUGCAAUAACAUUAUUUGGAUUCGUUAUAGUAGGCCUACAGCAUUACGAACUCAGGAGAAUAUUUAAGAAUGUGUUUGGUAACGAAAGUGUUGAACUAUUUAAGCUUAAAACAAUUUAAAUAUCGCAAUGUUCUAGACAUAGUUCGACGUCCAGUGACUUGCAAGUUAAAAAAAAAAUAAAUACCCAAUUCUGUGAUAGAUUAAAUAAACUUAUUUAAGAUGCUACCAACUAUGUAAGAGAACUAAAGCGACUCGAAGCAGAGACCAUUCCGGCGUCGAUUAUGAGAAGACGGAUGGGUUUCUGCACUCGACGUAGUGUACUUGAAUUGCUGCAGUUCUCAUUGUCCUCGUCCUGCUACCGACUACACCGACGGAACACCAUCAGCCACGACGCAUACUAUAUACGCCUCUCUGUCUCAGCAAGCGUAAGUCAUUCCAAAUCAAAGUACCAUUUGUGUGUGUGUGUGUGUGUGUGUGUGUGUGUGUGUGGGCUCUAGUGCUUUAAAAUAAUAUUUUAUAAAUAUAACGUUUAUUCCGGUUUGGCCUAGGCGCAUGGCGGAAGUAUUGAAAUACUUCCAGGGUAUUUAAGUGUUGUAAUUUAUUGUGUGUAGCUACUAUAUAUUUAUACUUUGGUAUAUGUUUUCUAAUUUAAUCUUCACGAUCAAAACUAUUUUAGUAUUUACUAUAUUUGUUUGAAAUUGUAUCAGAUAUCAUAAUUUUAAUUUAUAUUGUGUAAUAUUUAAUUAAUUUGGUCAUUUGGUAUAUAUCAAAAACAGUUUUACAGUCCUUAAUGCAAUUUUAUCUGUUCUCUGAGCAUUCCUCGUUCUGUAAAGAACUUAUGUCACAACUUAGGCACAGAGAGUACACGAGCUGCAGCCAUCGGCAAGUGUUUGUUUGAUAUUUGCAGUCUGUUAGGAUACCGAGUCCUAGGAGCUGCAACACAUAAAUCUUUAAUAUAUAUAUAUAUAUAUAUAUAGCCUAUAUAUAUAUAUUCAUACUCAAACGGUAUUUUUUAAACAAACCUUGAUAUUCUAAGUAGGUAUAUAAUCUUCACAUUUUACACAUUGUAACCUUUGUACACCUACUGUAUAGCAAACGCCACUUUAUUCAGUGAGCUCUCUGUUGAAUCAGUUAGCUACAUAGAAGGUUACAGAUAAAGAUUAACAUAAAAAGUGACCACAAACCCUAGUAUGCAAAAAAAAUAACAACAAUUUAACAUUAGGGGCAACCAAUAAAACAUUUAAUUGUAAUUAUCGAAAAAAAAUGUAUUCUGUUUAAACAAAAUUUCAUUUGAAGCAGUAAAAUAACAAUUAUUAAAAUUGGACAAAUACUUUAGUUAUAGAAAUUAAUGUCAAUAAAAUAAAAUUUAGUUUGAUGCAGUAAAAUAACAAUCAUUAAAAUUGGACAAAUACUUUAGUUAUAGAAAUAAAUUUCAAUAAAAUAGAUUGUUCAAUUAAUUUUACACAGUUAAUAGAAAUUAUGACCAAAGUGAUAAUGAUAUAUAUAUAUAUAUAUAUAUAUAUAUAUAUAUAUAUAUAUAUAUAUAUUUAUAUAUAUAUUUAUAUAUCGGGUCAAACCAAUCCAGUCCAAACUAGACUAAAAUUGUAAAAUUGCAUUUAGGACGGCACACUAGAACAAAAGUUUUAGUUUUCUCAGGGAUAAUUGCACUCGGUCUAGCUCAACGGUGGAAUCAAGUUCUCUUGGUUACAGACCUCUGAGUGUGCCGUCGACAGUUUAAACUCAUUUAAUAAUUUAAAUUUCAGGCCACAAUGUUCAAAACAGUUAAUGGAAUAAAGGGAAAACAGUUUGUAGAAGCUUAUAGGGCUUUAGGGGGCUCAUGUAAGUCGCAGGAGGUACGGCGUCAGUAUCCCCGAGCCACGCACAGGAACGAUAAUGGCCUACCUCUAGGCUGAUGCUGUCUCUGGUGGUAUGCCGCAGAUAUCUCGUCCCAGAAGCGUGCACUCGGAAGUCCUGUUGUACAACCACACUACGGCUAUAAUGGGUAGAUUUUAUAACCACUCAAACGUUCUAUAUUAAAACUUUUACAUCGCCUGGAGCAGCAGUGGCCUGCUCCAAGCCUACACCCUUAUCAGCAAGAUGGCGAACUUUUUUAAAAACUUGUUCCUUCGGCCCUAAAACCCACGCUAACUUCGUUUGAAAGCCCGGGCAACAAAGCAUUGUUUCCCGGAGCCAAUCAACGUCCGCAUAGCAUGAUUAGAUCACGGAAAAGCAGUUCAAAACGAAACUUAUCAAAGUCACAAAAACGGUUCAGAAAUAAAAUAUAAUGGUCCGAAAAUUCAUUAAAAUCCACCAAAAUAAUAAUUUAGUUAAGUUCAUAGCCGAAAAUGUCACUUUUAAAUACCGUCAGAAAAAUGUAAACAAACAGACUGGUUGCUAUGGCAACGACGGCAUCGUGGAUAGCGGCGCGCGCAUAGAGAAAAUAACUCUAUAAUCACGUGUGAUUAUAACAUACACAAGGAAAAAUAAUAAUUUUAUAUUUAUUUAUGUUUAAAAAAGACAAAAACAAUUCCAAUAAUUCUUAGGAAGCCUUGCAGUAACCUUCAACUCAUAUUUUUUUUCAACCUGUAAAGCUAAAAUUGUGGGUUUUAGCAAACGAAAGUGCUACUCUUAUGAAGUGCAAUACAUUAUAGGAAUCUUUUUUUUUUUCAUAUUAAGAUAGUAAUGAGGAUUUUCUGUAUUAAACUAAACUAACCUAUUUAUUAUCCUUUGGACGGAUGUUUUCCUACAAACGAUUUUGUCGAGAAUCUUCAUCACUAGUCGGGAAGUAAUUAGAACAAAAUACGACAGUUAUGUGAUCCGAUAUCGACACGCUUUUUUUCGUGGACGACUAUUUUAUAAUCUCUGUGUCAUAAAACGAAAAACUACAUAAUAUAUUCCCGGCAGUCGCAACAUGGUAACGACUACAAUAACGGUAAACAUUUCUAGCAACCCCAACAAAUAUGUUAACAUUUUCUUACUGUUUAUAAGAAAUCUGAUUUGUGCCAGGCUUUAUUUAUAGUAUUUCAAUAACAGACAAAACAUGGCUACGUUUUUAUAAUUAAAAAGAAUAUAAUAGGAAGAGAUCAAUUAGUCAAUGUGAGUGGCACAGUUGUUCUUUUGGGUUCGGGCCCACCCAUAAUUUUGUAAUAAAAAAAGUUUAUACUAUUUAAGUGCAAGUUUUUAUACAAUUGUGUUAAGUAAAAAUUUACUAUUAUAGGUGAGCUGAGCAAUUAUUAUUCAACUUGUUACAUAUGCAUAUAAUAAUAUAAUAAGACGCAAAAGAAAUGUUAUACAUACAUAAGUAUAGAUACAUGAGUAUUUUUGUUUGAAGGCCUGUAUACAGUAAAGAGGCAAGCCUACUAGCUCCCCUACUAAAUGGCCAAUAAACGAAAUAAUCUUGCAAAAGAAAAUAAAAAAAUUACCCUGGAAAACGAAAUGUUUUUAUUGCAAAUUAUAUGUAAAAUGUCUAAGAAAUAUAAUAAUGUAAAAAACCUAGUACACAACUUUUCUUUAAAAAUGGCCGAAUUAUAGGUGGAAAUACUCAAGUCUGAAAAAUUUGACAAAUGUUUCUGUAUUUAAAAAACCUAUUUGUUAUUAUUCAUUGAGAUUUGAUUAUUAUUAUUAUUUUUACUUUCGGUGAAAGCGUGUCUCUUAUUUUUGCAGUGUUGAGUUUCUUAAAAUUAUAAGCAAUUAAUUCGCUUACCAGUUAGUUUCCAUGUAUUUCAAACUAGGAAAUAUGCAGCGCAUGAUACGUUGAUAAAUUUCAACGUAUUUAUUAACAUCAAUAAUAAUAAUUAAUCGACUUAUCUUAGAUACGAAAGCUAAACGUUAUAUAUAUAUAUAUAUUUAUUUAUUUAUAUAUAUAUAAUUGUAUAGCACACAGUGCGCAGGAAGUAUAUGUGUGGAUGAAGCAUCAGAGAAUUGAGGAAGAAAAUUAAACACAGUCGAAUAACUAUCUGUGAAAAUACGGUAUUAUAGGCGUGCCAUGGAACACAUGUAAACGCAAAAUUUUGUUCCUUGCUGACGUCAAGCUUCGGAACGGGCAGCAAGUACCAGGCGACCGACUACGAGUGGGUUCUGCAACUCUCAGCUGCCUCUCUGUGUCACCGUUUCCCCCUCCCCCUGAGCAAACACCAAGCCAUCGCGACCAGGGGGUGGCAACUCUAAUAGGCCAUUAUGUACCCAGAUACUAUUUUUAAUCUGCACAACAGAUAGCGCUAGUAGAUUGACCUAGUUCUUUUGUAAAUUCAUAGGUAGCGUUAGUGUUCAUAAUCAAAUGUCAAUUGAAUGUUUAUAAGAAACUAAAUUUAUGCAAUAAAUACUAAUAAUGCAAUAAAUAUAGUGUAAUAUUAAUUUAUUUUGAUUUCAAAAACAGUUGAUUUGUAAAAAUUGUUUUUUUUUGCAGUAAUAUUCGUUUACAGAUUGAUUUGAGCAUUAUAGUCGCUCUUUUUUUUUUCGGUUUGUAGUAGAUUUUGGUCGAGUGAAAGAUGGAUUUUACAAUGGAGUUUGAUUUAUCAUUUUGAAUUAUUUUCCUAUAUGAUUGUGAAUUAAGAAGCCGAUGAAGAUGCCUGUGAAUACACAUCAAUGUUUUGUGUCUUCGUGCAGGAACAGUAUUACUGUUAAUCCUGAUGUGACAACAUUCAGAUUUCCAUGAAGCCGAAGCAAGUUAUUGAAGUGGAUUGCUGCAAUUGGCUAUGACCUUGAUGCCAGUAAUGCUGAAACAUUUAAAACUAAAUAUGUAUGUUCCGAACAUUUUGAUAUUGGAGCUUUCACUACAUGUGACUGCAUCAAAUUGAAUCGUGGUGCUGCUACAACAUAUUUUAAUUCUGUGGACAGUGAAGUAUGGAUCUAUUGUUAUAAUUUAUUAUGUCUAGAAUGCUGCCAAAUAUAGGUGAAAUGUUUAUGUUACAUAACAUAACUUGUAAGAUCUACUUGUGCAGAUAUAUAUUUUCACCUGCCUCUAAGGUCCUUUGUUAUUCACAGGUAGCAUUUACAUGUGAUGAAGCAGUAUUUAACAUUAUUGGUCAACAUGCAGUCCAUCAUUACAACCUUUGUACAGGCGCAUACAAACAUAUAUGUGUGGGGUAUUUCACACUUUUUAUUUGAUGUUAAAGAUUGGUAUGGUGACCGGGAUACUUUUUUUUAUUAAACCUCCUACACAGUUCUCUACUGUUUCCCUUAUCUGUUGCCUUAACAUUUUUUUCCGAUCAGUCCAAUUCCUUGAAUCACAUUGCAAAAAAAGUCACAAUACAUGGGAUUGGGCCACUCUCUUCAAAGAAUUGUAAUUCGAGUUUAAACAUAGCAAGGCUGACCAUAAAUUGUAGAGGAAAAUUUAAAAUGUUGAUCUUCAACAUAUUUAUAACCUAUGAUCAUGUGAUGUAUAUACAGCUAGUUAGAAAGUAAGUUGUAGUAUAGUAUGCAAUUGAACCUUCAAUAAGUUCUACAUCCACACUUAAAAACUUAUUUUACUUGAUGUUUUAUGUUCAAUAACUAUUCAGUAUAAAGGUUUUUUUUUACAUUAUAAACUACAAAAGUAUUCCGAUUUGUAAAUGUAAUGAAAUUCCACUGAGCCCUCUACCUUUUUUUUAACUACCAUUUCUGCCGUGUGGCCUUUUUUUUCUUACUUUUGUGUUCAUUAUAAGUUACAACCACUCAUUUGAUUUAUUGUGUUAAAUUAAAUGAUAUUUAAAAUUGGAUGUCACUUCAUAAGAACAUUCAGGAUUACCUGUAUUCACAGCGCACAAUUAUACAAAAGUUUUUUAUGUAUGUAAAAGUGUUUUACGUAAGCCAGUGGACACAUACAUGUAUUGAGUAACAUGAGAAAAUUGAAAUAUCUAAAAUAAAAUUAAAAGGUUACAAGCUUUUAUAUACAUGCAGCUCCCAAAAAAGUCUGCAUACUAAAAAAUAACACAUGCUUUUAAAUGAAUUCUUACCAUCUUAUAAACUAGUAGUAUUUUGUUAUUUGAUUUCAAAUGAAUUGUUUUUGGUUAAUUUAUUUGACUGUAGGGAUUAAAUAUCAUUUGUAGAAUAAAGUGUGAAAAGUAGUAUUGAUCAAUUUAACUGUAAGUACUAAAUAUGUGUUACAUUUCUUGUAAGUUAAAAUUGUUCAGGUAUUAUAAAUUAGCUGAAAAAAGCAAACUCAUGACUAGAAUAAAUUGUACUGUUAGGUAUGUUUCGAAGAAAGACUACCUGUUGCAGUCGUUACCAUGUGUAUGUACCACAUUUUUAUUGUCAUUAUAACUGCCAUAAUUUUGUACAAAUAAAUCACUUAAUACAUAAAAUAUGGUUAUGGAAAUUC